UUGAAUCAUUCAUUUCUGAACAAAUUUGAAAUAUCAGAACAUCUUCCCCUGAUAUGUUGACCUUCCUUACGGUUAAGUACAUUGGCAGUGAUAAGUAAUUUUAUUCCUUAUCAGUCAUAACCUUACUUGCUGUCAACUGUUGACAAUUAUUAAGGAUAUUUUCCGGCACCAUGGCGACUAAAUAUAUUUGCAUUUUCUUGGCCCUUGGGAAUGUCUGUGAUUCCAGGCGGCCGUCUCUAGAUGAACUCUUAGGUCAGCAUAUGCUACAGCGACUACUACGUCAGACGUCAGGAUCCUCGACCUCUUCAGCAUCCUCAAAUUCUUUUACUUCCCUUGCGGGCGGUGGAUUCAGUCCUGGCACCCUAACCGGGAGCGGUACUGGAUCGCUAGGAGCAAGUAGCUUCAAUCCAAACCAAUUCAAUGCAAUGAUGGGGCAAUCAUCAACUGGUUUCUCAAGCGGAUCUUUCGGUAAUUUUGGAUCAGGGAAUAAUAUGGGAUCCGGAUUUGGAUCAUCUGGAAGUGGAAGUGCAUCUGGUUUUGGUUCUUCAUCAGGAUUUGGAUCAUCCGGAAGUUCCUCUUCAUCUGGAGGAUUUGGAUCAACUUCUUUUGGAUCUGGAUCAUCCAUGGGAUCAGGAUUAAAUACAGGGUCUUUUGGAGGCUCUGCUAGUUCAUCAAACUUUGGAAUGGGAUCCGGUACAACUGGGUCUGGUUCAUCAUCAGGGACUGGAUCUGGUUCGUCUACCAAGGGAUCAGGAUUUAAUUCAGGAUCAUUCGGUAGUUCGGGUUUUGGUGUGGGAUCUACUUCAACUGGAACAGGUUCGUCGUCAACAACAGGAUCUGGGUUUUCCUCUAUGGGAUCAUUUGGAAGUUCAGGCGCUGGAUCGGGUUCAUCAUCUGCAGCAGCUAUGGGUUCAGGAUCGUCAAGCACUGGUGGAUUUAAUGUGGGAAGUUUUGGUAUGGGUUCGAGUGCCCAGAAUACUUCUAUGAGCGGAUUUGGAAUGGGGAAUUCUGGAAGUUCUGCAGGAGGAACAGGGAGUUUAAGUUCAGGUUCAUUUGGGUCGAGUACGUCUGGGUCUUCGUCUACAGGGUUUGGGUUUGGAAAUUCAGGAUUCGGAACAGGAUCUAGCUCUUCAUCAUCUAGCUCCGGUUUUGGGUCUGCUUCUGGAUUUGGAUCAUCAAGUUCAGGUGGAAGUUCGGGUUCGUUGGCUUCAGGAUUUGGGUCAACCUCAGGGAAAACAAACGGUACUUUAGGUAAAACCCCUACCUCUUAUUCUACUAGUAAUGGACCGGGAACGGGAAAUGGUCGUUUUGAUUACAGUAAUAAUUUUGGAAGUCAAAGUGCUUCUACGGGCUUUGAUGCAUUCAGCAGCAAUGCUUUGAGCAAACCUGGAAGUGGAUUUAUUAGACCGAGUUUGCUGGAUGCGAGUUUUGGUUCAGGAAUGCCAAAGGGUGGAAGUUUUGCUGACGGAAUAAAGGGUUAUAACACGGAUGCGUCAGUACCUGGGGGUUCUGCAGGAAGUGGUGGUGCUCAAACAGGAGGAAAUGCAGGGGCCACAUCUAGCAGCAUCAGUAGCGCUGUAGGUAGUAAACUGGGUAUUUCUAGCUCUGGAAGUAGUGGGGUAGCAAGCAAAGGAGACGAUGGAUCAACACUUAGUGGAUUUGUUGGGAGCUUUACUGGUAAUAAUCUUGGAAAUGUUUCCAAUACUGGGGGAUUUUCAUCAUUAGACAAAGGAACUGGUGGAAGCAGCGCUGGGGGAGGCUCUAGCUCCGUAACAGGCGGAAGCGCUACUUCUUUUGGAAGCAGUGGAAGUGCCUCGGUAGGAGGUUCUAGUAGUUCCACAGGGGGAAGUGCAGCGUCGUUUGGAAACAGUGGAAGCAGUUCAGUAAAUGCGUUUGGCAACAGUGGAACAGGUGGUUUCGGCUCUAGUGGAUUUGGCAGUGGUUCGAAUGGCUUUGGAUCUAGUUCAAGUGGUAGUGGUUUUGGAUCUGGAGGAUUUGGAGGAAGUGGUACCAGCUCAAGCGGGUUCGGAUCUGGUGGAUUCGGUGGAAGCUCAAGUGGAACAGGUUCAGCGGAUGGUUUCGGAUCCGGUGGAAGCAGUUCAGGGUCUACGGCUUUUGGUGGAGGUGGAGACAGUUUUGGAGGAGCUUUUGGAUCUAAUACAGGGGGUUUCGAAAGUGGAAGUGGGUUUUCUUACACUGACAAUUCAAUGAGCAAAGGUGUCCAUGACACACACGCUGGAGGCGGGCCAGUGUAAAAUGUGGAAGUUAACUGAAACAACGUCCUGUAAACUUGAUUCUAGUACUAUCAUUCAUAAAUACUGAUUUCUCUA